UCGAUCCCUGAACUACUCGGUCGCUUCAGUGAUCAGAACACGGAGGUGCGGAGUGGUGCAGCGUUUAAAAAAUCCCUGCGAGAGGCUGUGAAAAUUAAAGAGAGUCGGCGUCAGGGACCAACGCGAAACGAAUUAACGCAUUCAAGGAGAAAGCAUGCAGGUUGAGCUACGAAUACACGCCAACGGUGGAUCUAAGCACUCUGACAUCCCGGAAUGGCUGGACGAAGAUUUCCUCCAGCUCUGUAUGCAGAGCGGGGAGGGCGACCCCACAAUCAGAGUAAUGAAACACGAUGUGACGUUGAUGAGGCUUCCCAGCUCUGCCCACAGUACCGUCAUGUACCGCGUCUCCGUCGAGUUCAAGCGACGUCCACGGAGCAGAAACAUCCUGGACUUCAAGCCACAGGAGACCCGAUCCUUGAUCAUCAAACUGCUGCCGAAACCGACUGAAUUCACAGAACUGCACCAGGAGGUUGACAAAGAGGUAACAGCACUUUCGGUUACCCUGCCUGCCAUCACGAAAAUUUUGGGCUUGUUCGCACUGACCGCGCAGUGCUUUUACUCCGAGAAAUCACCACGGGCUCUGAUAGUAAUGGACGAUCUUACGAAGAGUGACUUUGUCAGGGGGAAAAUGGACCGUCAACGAGGACUGGACUUCAAUCAUUGCAUGCUGGUUAUGCAGUCGAUGGCCGCUCUUCACGCCGGCUCAGUAGCGCUUUACGAAAAGGACAAAUCGUCGAUGAAUCCAUUCGAUCAUAACAGAUGGUGCAAGGAAGGCAAUUCAAUGACCAAAGAUUUGGUGUCCAGCACGGUAUCCGACCUUGCUGACGAAGUAGCGACUUGGUCGAAUUUCGGUGACAAGUAUGCGGACAGAAUACGAGCCCUGAGAGAUACUCUGUUACCCCGAGUCAAUGCUGCUAUUUCGCGAGAGGGGUCUAAGUUCAAUGUUCUUAAUCACGGCGGCUGCUGGUACAACAACCUCAUGUUCCGGUACAAUAGUAAGACCAGUCGCGUCGAGGAAGCUUUGCUUGUGGACUUUGCCAACUCCGUGUUCGCCUCGCCAGUGAUCGAUCUACAGCAUUUUCUAUUCUCAACGCCCACAGACGAGGUUCGUUUGCACAAUGUCAACAGGCUGAUACAGCAUUAUCACCGCGAGUUGGUUUUAAACCUUGAGAAACUCAAAGUAAAAACGAAACCGCCGACGAAGGAAGAACUGAUGGAGGAAAUGGAGGAGCGUGGCGCGUACAGUGUUUUGGUCGCUUUCACUCUGCUGCCAAUUAUCACCGCCGAGGGUUCGACCAGCACCGAUAUACUCACUGACCCUCACAUAGUGAGUGAAAAACGCAAAAUGUACGCUAACGAACAGUUCAAAAUAUCCCUCAAGAGGCUGCUCCAGAUUUUCGACAGUAGGGGACACCUUGAAUAACCCAAGAUUCGGCCCUUUUCGAUGGUCUUGGGAAAUCACAACGGGUGAUACAAGACACUCGCUUGUCAAAGGUGAAUCAGUGAAAGUGCAAUUCAGCGAGCCAUGCGCAUUUUCUUGUGCGGAAAAAACGUGUCGGUUGAAAAAAUGACGGUUUUCGUUUCAAUGUGACUCGGAGAUUGAAUAAUCGGUUGAAGGAGGAAAAAUAACAGGAAACUGAGUAUUGGUACUAUACGAGUGUGACUGAUCGGUAUCUAUUUAAUACCGUAUUCCGGAGAAACGCUGCCUUAUCGUGCAGGACAUGCACCGUCAUCGCUAUGUAACAUCGUACAUAAUGUAAUGAGGCAAUUCUUCAAGCGCAUAAUUAAGAAUAAUUACUUCUUACCGACUCUGAUCUUUUUAUGAUAAUGUCCGCUGUGACAAGCUCGUCUGUUAUGAGUUGUUAGCAUCUACAACGGAAACGCAUCAAGUGAUCCAACGUAUGUGAAAAGGAUUAUUAUUUGACAUCGUUACAUUUCUAACACUUACCACAACCUCGGCUGUUUUUUUCUUUUUUUUUUCUUUUUAUUAAAUAUUCUAUCAGGGAAAAUACAGAUUCAGUCAGGUUAUGUUUGAUUUUAUGGAAAAAUUUAUUUACUUCCAUUAGUUCAAAAAAUCAAAAAAAAAAAUAAUAGAAUGGCAAGCUUUCUGAAGCGUUAUCAAGUUUGGAAACUUGACACAGCAAGAGACUCGCUUUACCGGAAUAUAGGAACUUGUUCAAUUCUCUGUGACGGUCGUCGAUUGCUUUUUACUAAUGAACUGGAUCUUGAUUCAGUAAUCAGUUAGCCCGAAACUCGUUAAAUCAUUGAUUUGUCUUGUGGGUCUCAAGCACGCGAGGUUUUUUUGGUACAAGAAAUACAUAUAGCAUGAUUAAAUCUGUACGUUUUGUAAUAUGUAAUUGAAGCUAUCUCGUAUUAGUUUCGAGAAUUCGGAAACUCAAACCCAAAUAAAUGUUUGGUACAAUUUCAUGACGCGUUAAAUUGGCAAUCGUAUCUAAUCGCCAAUCAUUGAGACCGAUUCUGGCUUGCUCAGAUUACGAUUCAAUAUCAUUUACUUAGACGUUAGGGUAACUCGCAUUGUACAUAAUAUCAUCCAUCACCGUAACGAUUCUAGGUUAUUAUGUUCUGCCGAUAAAAUCGUAUAUUUUCAGAUUUCCGUUAUAAUCUGCUAGUUCAAUUAAAGAUUAUAUAUUGAUUGAAAUUUUUUUUGUUCUUACAUUAAAUUAAUUAUAAUAAUGAAUCGAUGAACACAUGUAUUCGUAAAAUAAACGGCAGAUAUCCACUCAAUAAAAAAUUUCUCUAUCGGUUGUUUUCAAUAAUACAAAUGGUACGUUUGAAAAUAACGAAAAUAAAAACAUCUUCAACGCGUGAUAAACGGUCUAGCAUUCUGACACAAUUAAUUAUACACUGAUCGGAAAUUAAUUAAUUUGAGAUAAAUAUGUUUGUUCUAUUGCAUUUCAUUUUGUAUCCACGAAUGAUAAUGUAAGUACAGGUAUUUAGGAACGCGCUAUACGCGCGCGCGAGUUGUAUCAAACAACACGGAUACGCGUAUUUAAUUACCAGUAUAAGUCGAAGCGUAAUUAUUGAAAUACUGUAUCACGUUGUUAAGCAUCGCACACAUUCACGACCCACCAUUUGAGGCUGCUGAUUUUUUGCAACGUUAUCGCGCGUACCAAGAAUUUCAUCACGCAGGCAAAGAAUCGAUGCAGGAAUACAUUUUUUUUUUCCAAUUACCCAACAGUACCAAAACUCGCACUUUUUUUGGCCACGAAAAGGAAAAUUUAGAAAUCACUUUGGCUGACUAGAAAAAGAAAAAAAGCACACCUACUAAACCGGCAGCAAGAAGAAAUACCUGCAGUUUCGGGACCACAGAAACAACGCACAAAGCACAACGGCAAUGUUGUCAAAAUCGGAUAAAGCAAUAAAAAUAAAAACUUUGCACGUCGGUAUACCUAUACAAUUUACAGGACGGUCGAACGGUGAAACUUAAGCCGUAGGGCAAAAGCUAAACUGGAAGCUGAUCCCUUAUUUCCAGAAGCUGUAUAGUAUAGGAACAUCCUUGAGAUAGUUUCAUUGUGGUAUUUUGUGAAACGAAUUUUGGUUCACCGCAGCGGUAGUUAUAAAAUUUUAUUAUUAUCCACAGUCGGUUUUAACAUCCGGCACGAGUUUUCCUCCGUUCUAUAUCUUACUCUUGGGCUAUAUUGGCACGAACAGUAAACCAUAUCCAUCUUACCGUAUGUAAUAAGAGGUAUGUGUAAUAAUUC